AUGUCUACUGAAUAUUUGUGGAUUUUAAAAGAAAAUUCUGAAAUUUAUUCAGGUUUAACAAGUAAUAUUCUUAAUCCUAAAGAUAAGCAGGUAGAUGAAUCAGCUGAGAGAUUUUUUUCAUCAUCUGUUUUAAAAGGCAAGAGUACAACAUUUUUAAAAGCAAAUCAAGCCACAUGUAAUGGAAAUAAAUUUGGAAUAUCUUGGCAAUCAUGCGAUGAUUUUAUCUAUCUGGGAUUAACCUUGAUAUUAUUAAUUCAACAAUGGCCAAAUUUUUAUUCAAAUUAUCCUUUAUGUCCUUCUACUGCCUUUCUUGAGCAUAUAUUUGGCUGUUAUUUGAUCAGACCAGAUAAUAAUGAUGGUUAUAAUAUCAAAUUAUUCACAGUUAAAGAAAAAUUGCCAAAAAAUUUGACAGAUUUUCCAUCAAUUUUUGAUAUUGAUAAUAUGAUACAAAAGAUAUAUAUUACAUUAUUAUCUUAUAUUUAUCCAUCAUUUAUUGUUAUUAAUUUAGUAAAUAAGGAAAUUUUUUCAGAAUUAAUUCAACAAUUCUUACAUUCACUUAAAAAAAUAAAUAAUCAUAAUAUACCUAUGGAGAACACAAGUGAAACUGAUGAACUUGAGGGUGAAUCAGAAGAUGAAUUGGAUAAUGAAUGUGAUAUUGGCAAAUUGCUCACACAACAUCAACAACGCAUAUUGAAUAGAUCCAAAUUUCCUGAACAUCUUAACGUUCCUAAUAAUGAUUUAGAUGAAAUGGAUAAUAAAAAUAUUCAAUCAACUUUGGAACUGGAUUUUGAGGAUAAUUUUUUUGAAAAGAUAAAUAAGGCAUUUGGAAAAACUCAUGAAUUGAAAAAAUAUGAUUACUUUACUCAAAAAGAAAAGAAAAAAGUUGGAAAUAAAGCUACACUCAAUAAAAAUAAUCUCACAGUAGUCACUGAACUAGGCACAAUGAAUAUUAUGGCUGCUAUUCAUCAGGAUUGAUUAAGUAAUACUGAACAUCAAGCAAGAACAAAAGGACGAAUUACACAAUGGAAAACUGCAUGCAAAAAGGUCUUUUAUUCCACAAAAAUAAAUCCACAAUCAUCUAAAUUCAAAAGAGGAGAUUUUUAUUAUUAAGAAACGUAAAUCAAGCUAUGUUCGUGUAAAUUUAUUAUCUGGUUUAAACGAAGGAAAAAUUCAUGCACACUUGUAUGAUCUCAAGCCGGAUUCAGCAUGUA